UCGAGGGAUCUAAGAUAAUAUACAACCCCAGGGUAUAAUAAUGUCAGUAUGUUUCAAUAUAACAAUGAUUUCACCAAGUUACAGAUGUUGCCUUAAAAUGGAUGUGACAGACGUUAUUCAGCAGAGAAAUGAAGCUGAGCAUCAAUCUAUCUGUGUUUAGUAGAGGAAUGUGACUGCAACAUAAUGCUUUUCUUUGACAAGGGACACCAGCCCUGCUGCAACAAUCAAUUCCUCCACCAAAGCCCACAGACAGAGUGCGAGCAGUGUUUAUGGUCACCCCACCCUCCCACAACACAAGGCUAAGGAGUCAUCCUGAACAUUUGACACUAUGCAGCUCGUGCACAGCCCAAAUUAAAAAAAAAAAUUAUAAUGCUCCCCAUUUCAGUGACAAUAUCAGAGAAGUCCUGUGGCAGCCAUCUUAGGUGUACCACUGCAGAUGGGAUAAAGGACGCGUACAGGCGCGUCAUUCAUCCACUCUCUGGUCUAAAUCUGUGUUCAGGACCACGGCCAGUUCCUCGCGCCUGCAUGCGUCCGCCUGGCUUCCUGGCAGGCAGGGAGAGGCCAUCGCCCGCUUUCUCCGAUUAAAAAAAGCGACUCUCCAUCCCCUCAUCUGUACAAUAUACUCCCGUGCCCCUCCCCUCUGCUGCCUUCUCACCUCCCCCUCUCACAUCCGCAGCAGUGACUGGCCAAUAAAGCGGAGAAAAUACGUAAGCAUCGACGAAGGCUCGGCGCAGGCGGAGAAAGCUCAGUGUGAAGCAGACCGAGCCUCUUCCAGCUCCACUCGCACUGCUGACAUUCCUCAGCGAGUACUACAACCAGGGCCUUGAUCCCUGUAUUCUAAAUGAAACUUUCGCACGGAUAAGAAGGUGGCACUUCUAUAACUUUGGGGAUAUUUAAAAAAAAAAAACCUUCCUUAGAAGGUUAGGGUAUCUGUAGGGACGCAUCCUCUCUAGUACAAGAUGUUAGAUCCGUCGUCCAGCGAGGAGGAAUCUGAUGGGAUAGUAGAGGAGGAGACCAAGGAGGCGAUGGCACCUCAGGCCGGAUCCCGCAUCUCUCCCAGCAGGACUAGCGAGAGCUCGGGUGGUCUCGCCCCCAGCAGCAGCCGCAGCAGCGCCCGUCCAACCAGCCCGAGCCCGUCCGCAGCCAGCGAGGAGAAGGAGGACCUGGAUAAACUGCAGAGGGAUGAGGAUGAGCGCAAGAAGAAGCUGCAGUUGUAUGUUUUUGUCAUGCGAUGCAUCGCUUACCCAUUCAAUGCAAAACAGCCCACAGAUAUGGCACGGCGACAGCAGAAGAUAACCAAGCAGCAGCUUCAGCAGACCAAGGAUCGUUUCCAGGCCUUCCUCAACGGGGACACACAAAUUGUGGCUGAUGAGGCAUUCAUCAAUGCUGUGCAGAGCUACAAUGAGGUGUUCCUAAAGAGUGAUCGUGUGGCUAAAAUGGUCCAGAGCGGCGGUUUCUCAGCCAGUGAUUUCAGGGAGGUGUUCAAGAGGCACAUCGAGAAGCGCGUGCGCAGCCUUCCAGAGAUCGACGGCCUGAGCAAGGAGACGGUCCUGAGCUCCUGGAUGGCCAAGUUUGAUACCAUCUACCGCGGUGACGAGGAUCCCCGCAAGGCACAGCAACGCAUGACUGCCAGUGCGGCAUCAGAGCUGAUCCUCAGCAAGGACCAGCUGUAUGAGAUGUUCCAGAAUAUCCUAGGCAUCAAAAAGUUUGAACACCAGCUGCUGUAUCAAGCCUGUCAGCUGGACAACCUGGAUGAGCAGGCUGCACAGAUCAGAAGAGAGCUGGAUGGUCGUCUUCAGAUGGCAGACCAGAUUGCCAGAGGUGGUAAGUUCCCCAAAUUUGUGUCUAAGGAGAUGGAAGCCAUGUACAUCGAGGAGCUCAAGUCCUCAGUGAAUCAGCUGAUGGCGAAUCUGGAGAGCAUGCCCGUGUCCAAGGGAGGGGAGUUCAAACUCCAGAAGAUGAAACGAGGACACAAUACCUCCAUCAUCGACAUGGGCCAGGAGGACGAGAACACGCUGUCCAAGUCCGAUGUCGUCCUGUCCUUCACCCUGGAGGUGGUGAUCAUGGAAGUGGUGGGGCUAAAGUCUCUGGCUCCCAACAGGAUUGUCUACUGCACCAUGGAGGUGGAGGGAGGCGAGAAACUCCAGACCGACCAAGCAGAAGCAUCCAAGCCAACCUGGGGGACCCAAGGGGACUUCACCACCACACACCCUCUGCCUGGUGUCAAGGUGAAGCUGUUUACAGAGAGCACCGGGGUGCUGGCACUGGAGGACAAAGAACUGGGCAGGGUUGUCCUCCACCCAACUCCCAACAGCCCCAAACAGUCAGAACUCCACAAGAUGACUGUGACCAAGGCGUGCCCUGACCAAGAUCUGAAGAUCAAACUGGCCAUACGUAUGGACAAACCACAGAACAUGAAGCACUGCGGGUAUCUGUGGGCUUUUGGGAAGAAUGUUUGGAAGCGCUGGAAGAAGCGUUUCUUUGUCCUGGUGCAGGUGAGUCAGUAUACAUUUGCCAUGUGCAGCUACAGAGAGAAAAAGUCAGAACCACAGGAGCUUCUGCAGCUGGACGGGUAUACUGUGGACUACAGUGACCCUCAGCCAGGCUUGGAUGGUGGCAGGGCUUUCUUUAAUGCAGUGAAGGAAGGCGACACUGUGAUCUUUGCCAGUGAUGAUGAGCAGGACCGCAUCCUAUGGGUCCAGGCCAUGUAUCGUGCCACUGGACAGUCCCACAAGCCUGUCCCACCCACUCAGGUCCAGAAACUAAACUCCAAAGGGGGUGCCUCAGCCCAGAUGGAUGCACCAAUUUCUCAGUUCUCUGGACUCAAGGAUGCUGACAGAGCUCAGAAACAUGGCAUGGAUGAGUUUAUCUCCGCUAACCCCUGUAGCUUUGACCACGCCUCGCUUUUUGAGAUGGUGCAGCGACUCACAUUGGACCACAGGCUCAACGACACCUUCUGCUGCUUGGGAUGGUUUAGCCCAGGCCAGGUGUUUGUCCUGGAUGAGUACUGUGCCAGGAACGGAGUUCGAGGCUGUCACAGACAUCUGUGUUACCUGGGUGAUCUACUGGAAAGAGCAGAAAUUGGGGCUAUCAUUGACCCCACCCUUCUUCACUACAGCUUUGCUUUUUGUGCCUCCCAUGUCCAUGGGAACAGGCCAGACGGGCUGAGCACAGUGAAAGUGGACGAGAAGGAGCGCUUUGAAGACAUCAAGGAGCGGUUGCGUGUGAUAUUGGAAAACAAUAUUGUAAAUUUCAGAUAUUGUUUCCCCUUCGGUCGUCCAGAGGGAGCCCUGAAGGCCACUUUAUCUUUGCUUGAACGGGUCUUGAUGAAGGACAUCGUAACCCCAGUCCCACCAGAAGAAGUGAAAGGGGUGAUCCGCAAAUGUUUGGAGCAGGCCGCUCAGCUCAACUAUCAGCGGAUUCAAGAAUAUGCUAAAAUUGAAGGGAAAAGGAGGGAAAUGUUUGAGCACCCUGUCUUCUGCUUGGCGUCUCAAGUGAUGGAUCUAACCAUCCAGAACGUAGGCCGCUUAGUCACGCCUGCCAAAAAGCUGGAGGAAACAAUUCGCCUGGCGGAGUUAGUCAUAGAGGUCCUCCAGCAGAACCAGGAACACCAUGCGGAGGCGGCAGUCACAAGUUCUGGAGAUCAAUCGGCUUUUGCAUGGUGGACGGACCUCAUGGUGGAGCAUGCAGAAAACUUCCUGGCCCUCUACGCCGUCGACAUGGACGCCGCCCUGGAGAUCCAGUCACCUGAGAGCUGGGACAGCUUCCCUCUAUUCCAACUGCUCAACGACUUCCUCCGGAUGGACUAUCAUCUGUGCAAUGGAAAGUUCCACAAACACCUUCAGGAUCUGUAUGCUCCUCUGGUGGUUAGAUAUGUGGAUCUGAUGGAGUCCUCCAUCGCACAGUCAAUUCACAAGGGCUUUGACCGAGAGUCUUGGGAGCCUGUAAAUAACGGCUCUGGAUCAUCAGAGGACCUCUUCUGGAAGCUGGAUGCCCUCCAGACCUUCAUCAGAGACCUGCACUGGCCUGAGGAUGAGUUCGCCAAACACCUUGAGAGUCGCAUCAAGCUCAUGUCGAGCAACAUGAUUGAGAACUGCGUCAAGCGCACCAGGAUGGCUUUUGAGUCCAAGCUGACAAAGAGCAGCAAGUCAACAGAUUUCCGCAUUUCUCCAACAUUAUGCACCAUGUUCAAUGUGAUGGUGGAUGCCAAGGACCAAUCAGCCAAAUUGUGUGCAAUGGAGAUGGGCCAAGAGAAACAGUUCGCCUCCCAAAUCGAUGAACUGAUCGAGGAGAGCGUGAAAGACAUGAUUCAGCUCAUGGUUGCAAAGUUUGUUGCCAUACUGGAGGGAGUGCUGGCUAAGAUUUCCAGAUAUGAUGAAGGAACUCUCUUCUCCUCAUUCAUGUCAUUCACGGUGAAAGCUGCCUCAAAAUAUGUGGAUGUACCCAAACCUGGGAUGGACGUGGCCGAUGGCUACGUGACCUUUGUGCGCCAUUCUCAGGACAUUCUUCGUGAUAAGGUCAAUGAGGAGGUGUAUAUAGAAAGGUUAUUUGAUCAAUGGUACACUGCCACCAUGAACCUGCUGGGGACCUGGCUCACUGAACGCAUGGAUCAGCAGCUCCAUGUCUACCAGCUGAAAAUCCUCAUCAGGAUUACAAAGAAAAAGUACCGCGACUUCCGCCUGCAGGGCGUCCUCGACUCCACCCUCAACACUAAGAUGUAUGACACGGUGCGUAACAGGCUGACCCUGGAGGAGGCCACUGCUUCAGUGAGGGAAGGAGGCAUGCAGGGCAUCUCCAUGAAGGACAGCGAUGAGGAGGAUGAAGACGAUGACUAGAGCCCAGUACAAUGAACCACCCUCACCCCGAGCCCCCUAUCACACUUUUGACUUUAGCCUGGUUACCGAUGCAUGUACCAACUCAGAUAGCCACUCUAGGACCUCUUUGUCAGCUCGAAAUGCCUAUGAAGGAAAUAUUAACUAUAAAAAUAGUACUUAUACUGAGGAAAAUCUAAAUAAAAAUAUUUAAAAAAUAACCAUGAUUGGCAGUUUAGCUGUCAUGAUAAAGAUAGCACCUAUCUUUGAUUCAUUCAUUUCUAAAUUCAUUUCUAUGUGUUACUAAGCAAUAUGGAGAACCAUUUGUUUGACAAUGUUGAGUGAGAUUAAAUAGGUGUGUCCCUGUCCAAUGCAAUCCUAUAUGGCGCUUCUUUGUCGUAUUCUACAUUCAUUAAUGGUACAUUGUCGUGAUGAUGAGUGUGUGGACCCUUUUCUUUGUCUUGUCUGUUUUUAAGUGAAUGCCAACUGCUUCAAACUGAAAAGAAACCUCUGUAUUUGUUUACGGCUGUUACAGAUAGACUGUCGUCUACUCAUUGUUCCUAACAUCGGCAGCAAGUCUAGACCUGCAUUUUUAUCAUGUGUCAAUGCUAUGUGAUCUUAUCUCAAUUACUAAUUAGGAAUCUUGAACUUCAACAAGUGGGUAUUCUAGAGAUGCAAUAUUCUCAUAGCUCCAUUUUGAUAACUUGGGAGAUUCUAUUUUUAUUUCAACAUUAAAAGGCCUUGAAACAGGUUCUAUUUGAAUUGAGUUGCACUUUUACAGAGAAAAGAGCAAAAAUAUUUUUUUUUAUUGAAAAAAAAAAAAGUUGGUCCGUCUUUGUUCUGUAACUGUGUAGAAUGAGAUGUCUGGCAUUUGUUUGGGUCUCACUGUUGUUUUGUAUAUAUUCUAUAAAUAUAUAUAUAAAUAUAAAAUGCUGUACAUUGCAUUCUGAGCCAUCGCUGCAUGCCUGUGGGUUCCCACCCUCCCCAAACGCUUUCUGUUUUUCUGUGUGAAUUAGCUGGUGGAUUCAUUCUUGCUUUUGCCUUAUGAAAGCCAACAGUUGUAAUAUGCAAGAGCUGUGGCCUCUAAAUAAAAAUUACUGUACAUGUGCA